AUGCCGCUGUUAGACUGGUGGAAAAAGGUGGACCUGCAAGGCCGCACCGCGUUGCACCACGCGGCCACCGCUGACGACAAACAGUCCGUCCUCCUGCUGCUGGCGGCCGGCGCGGAUGCCGGCGCCAAGGACCACGACGGCCGCACGGCCUUGGACGACGCGGUGUCGGACGCGAGGCAAGCUUACUUGUGUGCAGAGAAGGAAGAAUAUAAUCAGGGAAUGAGAGUUGAUUCUGGUCUAGUAAGUAGUUCAGGCGGAGGCAGCGCGGAGGCGGCGGUGGGCGUGGCGUGGCUGCGGGCGUCGAUGCUGGGGCCCGCGCCCUGGGACGAGGGCGAGGACGAGGGCGAAGGGCCGGCGGCGGAGGCCGAGUGCGAGCGCACGUGCGCGGGGCGGCGCCGCGCCCCGUCUCGCGACUCCGCGCCCUCCUCCCGCAGCCGCCCGUCCACCGGCGCCAGCGGCCUGCGCCUGCUCCGCACGGCGGCGCUGCCCCUGGAGCCGGAGCCGCCGCUGUCGCCGCCCUGGGCGCGGCGCCCCUUCGUCAACAUCGUGGGCGCGGUGGGCGACGCCGGCUGGCUGGCGCCCGCCGACCCGCGCCACGCCGCUGUCACCACCAUCGAGACCAUCCUCGACAGGCACGCCUUUGCGUUCAUUGGAUUGUUUCUUGGAUUUAUUGAAUCGUGCGUCGAACAAGCCUUUGCCCUGGCGGACGCGGACAAGCACUCCCACUCUUCAUAUGGCUCGCCCAAUUUCGGCGGCAUCGCCUUGGACCUGGAUCGGGGCAGGGCAGCCGAUUCCACCGACGACAUUCCCUGCGAGCCCUGCCUGCGACUCAACGAGCCGCCGCGCGACGCGCGAGACAUCUGGCGGAACUUGCAAGCGAAGCCGCAGACGUAA